AAUACAGAGAUAAUCCCUACCGAGGACCACCUCUAGAGAGUGGGAUAAUGCAUUAUUUAAUAUUCGGUAUGAGACGCGAGAUUUACUCUGGACGUUGAAAGGAAGAUUCUUACAUCUUGUAUAAGAAGUGUUAAACUUUUACAUCGCACAAAUGGCCAGCUUGAAGUUUUUAACGUCAGAGCAGAAGCUAUUCUGGAAAGAAAAUGGUUUCAUCAAGUUGACAAACAUAUAUACUACAAAGGAAGUAAAUGAAAUAUCAGACGCCUAUAAUGAAUUAUUCGAGAGAAAACAGCGUGAAAAACUUGGCUUGGAAGCUAGUUGGGUCGGAAACGAUAUGAAGAAAUUAGCUGGGGGUGCCGAUUAUACCGUAAAAUCUAUUCACAAUCUGCAAAUGCACAAUGCGGUUUUUACUCGGGCAAUCACACAUCCGAAUUUAUUGGACGCCCUUGAGGAUAUCAUGGACACCGAGGAUAUUAUGCUUCAUCACACCAAAGCGCACGUGAAACCACCGGAGAAGGGAGCGCCUUAUUUGAUGCAUCAGGACUAUCACUAUUUUCCUCACAAGAAGCACACCAUGCUGGCCGUAUUCCUGCACCUGGACGACACGACGCCGGAGAACGGUGGGUUAGCGGUAUAUCCGGGCAGCCACAAACUGGGACCUUUGGAGGAUUUCGGAGUGCACGACGAGGGUAGGGCUGAAACAUUCCAUUACGCCAAUCCUGAGAAGUAUCCCUUGGCGAAAGCUGAGCCGGUGCCGGCUAAAAAAGGCGACAUCAUCGUCUUCUCUUACCUGCUGCUUCACGGCUCGUACUUAAAUCUAUCCGACAGGAGCCGACGUAUGUUCCUUAUACAAAUAAGAGCCGCCGAUGACGAGCCGAUCGAGGAUGUGCACAAAUCUCCCUGUCAAGGCCUGAUGCUUCGUGGGAAUAAUCUUUACCGGGAUGGAACAUUUGAAAAUAGAUACCUGCAUUAAUCCGAUAUAUAAAAAUUACGAGCUAAGUUACUAAGCGAAUAUAUUUACUCUACUUUUAAGCCUUUUGUAGUAAUCAAAUUAUAAAGUAUACAUGAUUGAGUUGUUUUUUUAUGAAUGAUA